AUGAUGUCUUGUUUUCAGAACCUGUCAGAUGCACUGGAUGAUACCUUUUCUGCAACUGUGCAGUCGGAAGAUGAACUGGAUUACGCAUCUGCAACACUCGUCUUAGCUGGAUUAUUACAAAUUCAUUCCCGCACACCUCGUUAUGCAUUUCAUCAGGCGCGGUUAGAUUCAUUUCCAAAAAUAAUUCAUUCAAAGGAUUCUGCGAAUGAUUCGACAAUUUGCCAGUCAAAGUCUCAAGUUCCAUCUCCUUCUGAGCUGGCUUCGGCAGGCUUUUUUCACACUGGUUCUGGAGACGAAACUGUCUGCCCUGCUUGUGGUUUGGGGCUACGUGAUUGGCAGGCCACAGAUCAACCUGAAGCGUGUCAUAUCGCAUAUUCGGCUGCCGCAACAGCUGCCAUAGAAAUGGGUUCGGGUGACGGACAUUAUCGCUCACCUAUCCCAACUAUACCAUGUCUCUACCUUAUUGUCCAUCGUCUUCUUGUUUCCGAAAUUCCUCUUGCUCGUAAGUCUUUGGUUCCGGUUGGACAAACGCAAUCUGUCCGAGGUCUUCCUGGAGUAAUUUGUCGGCCUGUAGUACAUUUCACUGACCAAUCUUCUCAAAACUCAUCUUGUGAAUAUCCAUCUUUGGCAGAUAGAUUAUACGCGAUAGCUCAUAUAAUGACUGCGUCUCCAGCUCCUCAAGGAUGGCCAGUAGAAAAUGCACGUGCUCUGGGUCAUUCAGAUGAUUUAAUUGUUCUUGCAUUGUGGCGUUUGCAAGCGGAAGCUGCUGGGAUGGGGCUGGCGUGUCCACCAAUAAAGUCAAUCUAUAUUGAUCCUCAUGCUACAACAGAGCUAUUAAAAGCUAUUUUAAGAGUUCAAGAAGGGUAUGAUAUAUCUUCCAGGAACAAUCUUGAAUUCUAUCUGGAUGCUUUCGACGAGGAAGAAGUACAUUCCACCGGUGAAGCACUAAGUGAAGGCAAUGAAGGUGACAUCACGGCGGAAGAUGCAGAAACAGCAGCUUUAUCACAAUGUCGUCGAUAUUUGCGACCACCACAACAACAAUUUAGUGACCCAACUUCAUCUCCUCGUUCAGUUGAAUCAUAUGGAUUACAAAUGAAAAAGAUCCAUCUUCCCCGCUUUUAUCAGUUUCUCGUUUGGUGGUCUCAUCGUUGGCCUGCGACUCAUUCUCUGAAAUAA